AUGGAUCUUACAAAUGGUGCAACGAAUAAAAAAUUGGAAAGAUUUCGCGCGUUAUUCACACAAGACAAUAUUGUUAAGAAUGCCGGUGGUGCUAUCGAUGCUUAUCUGUUACCGCAUACGGAUCCUCAUCAAAAUGAACAUAUUUCGAAACGCGAUUUCCGUGUUCAUUUUCUCAGUGGGUUUUCUGGAUCAAACGCAUUUGCAUUAAUAACACAAAAAGAAGCAAUGGUUUGGACUGAUGGUAGAUAUUUUAUACAGGCUCAAAUUGAACUGGAACCAGGAUGGAAAUUGAUGAAAGACAGUAUUCUGGGUGCAAUUUCGACAACUGAUUGGAUGAUUCAGAAUUUAAGCAAAGGAAGUUUGGUGGCUUUCGAUCCACAACUACACACGCAUGCUGAGGCAUUACGAAUAAUGGCUGUGCUAAAAAAAGUUGAUAUCAAUGUUGUACCUUUGAAAGGUAACUUGGUCGAUUAUUUAUGGCAUGAUAGACCGGAAGAAAGUUUCGGUAAGAUUAUAGUGAUGAAAAAAGAUGAACAUGGAAUGGAGACGAGUAGGAAAAUUGAGAAAAUACGGUACGAAUUACAGUUAAAGGGUUGCAAUACAGCAAUUUUUACCGCCCUGGACGAUAUUGCUUGGUUACUAAACAUUCGUGGUUCGGAUAUCCCAUAUAAUCCGGUUGUUUAUGCGAUUAUUUUCAUGACUUUGGAUGAGGUGCAUUUAUUUAUCAGCAAACGAAAAUUAAACAGUGAAAUACUGAAUCAUCUUGCAAACAUAAUAAUUCAUGAAUACAACGAAGCAACGGAAUGGAUUAGAAAAUGGCUUCAAAGCCAUAAAAGCGCCAAUACAAAUAAAUGUUAUUCAGUUUGCAUUCCAGACUCAACAAAUUAUGAAUUGGGAGCUUUGGUCGAACCAGAUUAUGGCGUAUCAUUAGUUUCACCCAUUCAGCUUAUAAAAGCUAUAAAGAAUGAAUCAGAAUUAAAUGGAAUGAGGAGAUCAAGUAUCCGUGAUAGUGCCGCGAUAAUUGAAUAUCUUGUUUGGUUGGAAGAGCAGAUCGCUGCUGGGAAAGAAAUUACUGAAGCAGCUGCUGGUAAGAAAAUGGAUGAAUUUCGUAGCAAACAACCUCUUUUUUUUGAUUUAAGUUUCCAAACGAUAGCAGCAGUUAAUGAGCAUGCAGCAUUGCCACAUUAUCAUAGUACUGCAGCAACGGGUAAAGAACUGCUAACCAAAAAAUGUAUAUUCUUAAUCGAUUCUGGCGGACAUUACCGCGAUGGGACAACCGAUGUAACACGAACAAUUGCUUUUCCAGAUAAUAGAGACAUGGAAUUUAGAAGAAUGUUCACUUUGGUACUCAAAGGACAUAUUGCUAAUGCUAAGCUUAUUUUUCCUGAUGGCAUAAACGGAAUACGUAUGGAUGCGUUGUCAAGACAAUAUCUCUGGAGUGAUGGAUUAGACUUUCAGCAUGGUGUAGGGCACGGUGUCGGACAUUUCCUUAAUGUAUAUGAAAGACCAGUUGGUAUUAUAUUUCGGAGAUAUGAAAAAGAUGGUGGAAUUCGUAAAGGACAAGUAAUAACAAUUGAGCCUGGUUUCUAUGCUGAAGGCAAAUGGGGCAUAAGAAUUGAAAACUGUUAUGAGGUUAUAGCUGCUGAUAAAGUGCGUUCAAAUGCAGAGAAUUUUCUAGCAUUUUCACCAUUAACCUUAGUACCAAUACAAAAGUCUUUGGUGGAUAAAACUUUACUUUCAUCGGAAGAGAUUGAAUGGUUCAACCGUUAUCAUGCCAUGUGUUUUGAAAAAGUUGGUCCUUAUCUGUCGGAAACAGGCAAGAAAAAAGAGUACGAAUGGCUCGUAAAUGCUUGUGCUCCUAUAUGA